AUGCCCCCCGGUGGACUCCCAGCCAGUCUGGUCGCAGGCAACCCCAGCGGCCGCCCCACCGUUGACACCUCUGGCUACGGGGCUAGCUACACCAAAAACACACCUACCUCACCCGAAGACAGCUUAAUCCCAUUCGACUCACCAUCGACACGAACUGCAGGACUCAGUCCCAUCACUCAGGCGAACCAGGAGGAUGGGCGCUCAAGCCGUGGACCAGGUCCCGACCAGGCUGGCUUUCGCGACCGUUCCGCACACCGUGAUCGCUCGCGAGUCAAUGGGCGUCCGACAAAAUCACCCGGCGCAUCAUCUCGGCUCUGCCAAAAGUGCGGUGAAUCUCUAACGGGCCAGUUUGUUCGAGCGCUCGGCGGGACUUUCCAUCUGGAAUGUUUCAAGUGCGAGGACUGUGGCGAGAUCGUUGCUUCCAAGUUCUUCCCGGUCGACUCAGAAGACGGAAGCUGCCAGUUUCCGCUCUGUGAGACCGAUUACUUUAGGCGACUCAGCCUCUUAUGCCACGAGUGCGGCGGUGCACUACGUGGAUCGUAUAUCACAGCUCUUGAUCGGAAGUAUCAUAUCGAGCAUUUUACUUGUUCCGUUUGUCCGACCGUGUUCGGUGCUCAAGACUCGUACUAUGAACACGAGAGCAAGGUCUACUGUCACUUUCACUACUCAACUCAGUUUGCUCAGCGAUGUCAUGGCUGUCAUACUGCGAUCCUAAAACAGUUCGUUGAGAUUUUCCGCAACGGCCAAAAUCAACACUGGCAUCCCGAAUGUUAUAUGAUUCACAAAUUCUGGAAUGUCCGAUUAUCCCCUGCUGGUCAGACAUGGGAGCCUCCGCCAGUGGAUGAAGAUGCCAGUGAAGAAGAGCGUCAGCAAAUCCGCGAAGAGGAAGAUGUCAUGGAAGAAAAGGUCUUCAAUAUUUGGAACACGCUCUCUACCUUUGAAGAAUCGUCGGCCGCUUGCAUCUCAGACAUGUUACUUCAUGUAAGUAACGGCGCUUACAUAGACGGUGUCCUGGUAGCCAAGCGUUUCAUCGGCCACGUGGAAAUCUUGUUCGGCGCAGUGGACCAGUUAGCGAAUUACAUCAAAUCGCACGAGUUGAAAGAACUUUCCUAUGGCCGUGAAGCCAAGCUUCUCUGCAAGAAAAUUGUUGCUUUCUUCGCCCUUUUGUCGAAGACCCAGGAAACCGGAGUUCGCAAGCUGGGUGUCACCCAGGAGCUUUUGUCUCUGGUCACUGGUCUCGCCCAUUACCUCAAACUCCUUAUCCGUAUCGGUCUGCAAGGUGCACUCAAACUUGAGCGUGAGAAGUCUGCGCCCGAUGGUUUGCACGAUUUCCUGGAGCACCUUCGUAAUCUAGAGUCGCUGGCGGAGCCGGAUGAUGAAAACGCCCCAGUGGAUUUGAUGGCUGGGGUGGAAGGGUUGGCGGAUCAACUUUCCGAUUGCUGCAUCGCUUGCAAGGAACCCAUCGACGACGAAUGUGUUCAAUGGGGCAAGAACCGUUGGCAUAGCAAGCCCCCUCAUCUUUCAUGUAAAUCAUGUGAGAAGGACUUGACUCUCGAUCUCCAAGACGCGUUGUGGAGCGGGAGCGACGAGCAAGUCUUUUGCGGCGCUUGCGCCCAUCAGAAGAAUCUGGGUCCCACUGUUAAGAGCGGAUUCACCCCGGUCUCGAAGCUGCAGCAAUUCGUCUUCUUGCUGAAAGUAGCUCUCGCGCGGCUCCUGGCUGUUCUUCGAUCAGGGGGAACCUUGCCUCACACGUCAGACGAUCCUAACCUUAACGAUUAUGAAAAUAAAGAUGGGCAUCGUAUCACGCCUCAUGUACGGCGAUCAACCACACGCUCUCAAUCACAUAGUGCUGCUACGCGAGAUGGUGGAGAGGAAACGUCCCUUGAGCAGACGGUCGGUGAGAUGCGACGGCUGCGCUCCAUUCGCAACGAGCGGACAUUAUCGACUACAUACAAGCGGGCCCGCGCAUCUAGAAUCAUUGAUGGGCCGGAAGGCAGAAGUGCCCGACCAGGGUCAUCUGGCAACGAUGGCAGUGAUCCUAGGGGUCCUGGUUUCCAGAUUGUCGAGGAGCGAGAUGCCAAUGGCGAGACUGUCACUGAUCUGACUUUUGGAGCGCAGGACGCUUUGACAUUGGAUGAUAUCCCGCGCAUUGUUGCAGCGGAGCAAGCUAAGGAGCAACGGCCUAAUGCCUACAGGCAUGCCGGCACCAAGCUCGUUGGGGGCACCGAGCCGAUUCCCAAGUACAACCGUGGCCACCAGCGGGGAGUCUCAAGUGGAAAUCUGGAGGCGCUCAUGGAGCCAACCCGAACCAAGCGCUACUUCUCAGAAUUGACUGCUUUGGAGUAUUUCAUCGUUCGUCAUGUGGCUGUACUACAGAUGGAGCCCUUGGUGGAAGGGUACUUCAACAUGGAAGAGCUCCUUUCUCUCAUUGAGUCGCGCAAACCCACCAUAUGGAACAUUUUUGGUCGCGCCUUCAAAGACAACAAGAAGGGCAACAAGAAGAAGGGUGUUUUCGGUGUGGGUCUAGACUACUUGGUCGAGAAGGAGGGCACCGAAUCGAGCCAUGGAGUUGGCCCUGGUGCACUCCGCAUUCCGACAUUGGUUGAUGAUUCUGUCUCUGCCAUGCGGCAGAUGGACAUGUCUGUGGAGGGCGUCUUCCGAAAGAACGGCAACAUCAGGCGGCUGAAGGAUACCGCGGAACUCAUCGACACCAAGUAUGAGCAAGUUGAUCUGACAAAGGAAACCCCUGUUCAGAUCGCGGCUCUUCUGAAGAAGUUCCUUCGCGAGAUGCCCGAUCCCCUCUUGACUUUCAAGCUCCACCGACUGUUCGUAAUCUCACAAAAAAUGGACGAUCCCGAGAAACAGAGACGAUUGCUCCAUUUGACAUGCUGUCUGCUUCCUAAAGCCCAUCGUGAUACGAUGGAAGUCCUGUUUGCAUUCCUGAACUGGACAUCAUCAUUCUCUCAUGUGGAUGAAGAGUCCGGUAGCAAGAUGGACAUUCACAAUCUUGCGACUGUCGUCACACCUAACAUUCUCUACCCCAACGCCAAGAGCAGCACUGUUGACGAGAGCUUUUUGUGCAUCGAGGCUGUCAAUGCCUUGAUUACCUAUAACGAUGCUUUCUGCGAGAUUCCCGAAGACUUACAAUCCAUCCUGAGUGAUCCAAGUCUUUUCAAAGAGAAUGCCGAAGUCACGACUAAGGAAAUCCUCAAGCGGUAUGGGGAUAUUGCUCGGGGCAGUUUCUCACAAAAGCCGGAAAACGGCGGCGAGACCUUCACGAUCACCACCCCCAAUCGCAACAACAGUGCCCCAGCUUCGGCGCGCAUCGAGACCGAUCCAUCUCAAGAUGCCGCAUGGCAAAUGCAAAGCUCGGUUCGCCAUGUGCCCGGGCCUAGCGGACACUCCCACUCGGCAAGCACCAAUGCUCAAGCCGGACUUGAUUUUGGACCUCCGUCCGCCGCAUAUCACCGCGACCGCGACCGCAGCGCCAGCAACGGUAGCCAACCACCUACGGGCCCACCUGAGGGGCAACCGUCAAGCGUCGCAUAUCGGCCGCGUCCAAGCCCAGGUGCGAUGGGCGUUACUAGCUAG